AUUUAUUUCAGUCAAUUUUAAUGGACCCACUCCCAACUAACUUAAGAAAACAAAAAAAAUAAAUUUCUCAGAUCCUCUAAUUAAGUUAGAACCUCCUAUAAUUGUAAAUUUGAAUUUUGAGCUAAUAGAUCCCAAUAAUUGGUUUAGACUAGUUAAUCAGAAUUAAAUUCUUAGACAGGCCCCAGAUUAAAUCCAAAUCAGAUUGAAAGCAAAUCUGGAGACACUGGAGAUCUUUUUGAAAGUGGUAAUUUAUUACAACAUAGCGAGAAUGAUUCAUAGAGUUAUUUUGUUUAGAAAAUCACUUCUAGUGGUUCUCUUUUGAAUUAAUAUUGCCAACAUGUUUCCCUUACUUAAGAUGUGGAAAAUAGGUUAUUCGAAUAGAUUAAGCAGGCCUCUACUUGCAAAUUUAAGAACAUUUGUAUUAAAAAUUGUUAAAUGAAAUUUAAUCCUGACUAUACGAAUGUUUAAUAAAUUUUGUUAUAUUAACUUUAUGAAAAUCAAAUUGCUGAAUUGAGAAACAAACUAUUAAAGAAUAACUCAUAGAAGAUCAAGAUUUGUGAUGGACAAGGGUGUGAAUACUAUUUUAUAUUGGAUGAUUAAUUAUAAAAAAGAAAUUAUUAUUGCCCUCUAUGUUUAGAAAGUUUUGAGUUAAGAUAAUGA